AUGAAAAUGUCACAGUCGACCUCAGACUUAGACGUACACAGGAUUCAGUCGAAAAAUGUGACUGAGGUCACUGUGUUUAUACUGAUGGGCUUCACAAAUAAUUUUGAGAUGCAAGUCUUCCUGUUUUUGCUAUUUCUAGAAAUCUAUCUGUUUACUCUGGUAGGAAAUUUGGGGAUGGUUUUGUUGGUCAGUAGGGACUCCCGGCUCCACAACCCUAUGUACUAUUUUAUUAGUGUGUUAUCGUUCUUGGACGCCUGUUAUUCUUCCGUUGUCACCCCAAAGAUGUUGGUCAGUUUCCUGGAAGAGAAAAAGGCCAUUUCGUACGUUGGGUGCGCGGCACAAAUGUUUCUCUUUAUGUUUUUCGCUGUGGCUUUUGGGACCACGGAAUGCUUCCUCCUGGCCGCGAUGGCCUACGAUCGCUACGUAGCCAUCUACAACCCCCUCCUGUAUUCAGUGAGCAUGUCACCCAGGGUCUGCGUGUCCCUCGUCGCCGCUUCCUAUGUUGGUGGCCUUUUGCAUGCCUCUGUGCACACGGCGGCCACAUUUAGCCUGUCCUUCUGCGCUUCCAAUGAAAUUAGGCACGUCUUCUGUGACAUCCCCCCCCUCCUUGCCAUCUCUUGCUCCGACACCCACACCAACCAGCUGCUGCUCUUUUACUUCGUGGGCUCUAUUGAGACGGUCACCAUCCUGGUCGUGCUGGUGUCCUACGGCUUCAUCCUGCUGGCCAUUCUGAGGGUGCAUUCCGGCGACGGCAGGAGGAAAGUCUUCUCUACGUGCGGCUCCCACCUCGCCGGAGUGGCCAUUUAUCACGGGACCAUCCUCUUCAUGUACGUGAGGCCCAGCUCCAGCUACGCUUUGGACCACGACAUGAUAGUGUCGUUGUUCUAUACCGUGGUGAUUCCCAUGCUGAACCCCGUCAUCUACAGCCUGAGGAACAGAGACGUGAAAGAGGCAAUGAAGCGAGUGCUGGGGAGAAGCGGGUGUGGGAGUAAAGGAUAG